AAAUUCUUCUUCUUCUUUUUGUUUCCUUGCCAAAUCCCAUCUCCAUUUUCCUCUCUUUCUCGUUGCGAUUUGAGAAUUCACCUUCUUCUUCCUCCUCUCGCCUCCUACCUCUUGCUGCAGCGCACGGCGCCGCGCCGUCAUCUCGUGCUUGUAUCCUUGUUCUUCAUCUUCUCUCACCUUCCCUUGAGAAGAUUUGUUAUUACUAGUUUAAUAUUUCUAGGAAAGAGGAGAAGAGGAGAGGAGAGGAGAGGGUGGUAACGCAGCGUUAGGUGGGGGCGUGCUAGGGAGUCAAGAACAGAAGGAAGGGAGGCCCAACUGCUCCAUCCUCCCUUUCCCCAAAUCCACUCCUUCCUUUCGAUUUGCCUCCUUCCUUCCUUGGUUCAUUCAUUGAUUUUUGCACCGCAUUUGAGGAAGAAUGUGCCCGCUGAGGGUGAUCCUAAUCUUCCUCUCCGCCACCAUCGCCGGAUUCUUCCUCAUCCGGGGCCUCAACGCCGAUCCCGACCUCCACGACGAUGCCGACGCCUCCGAAUCCCCAAGGGAAAGGCCCCCCGUGCCCCUCCAUUCCAAGGUUGGGUCGGCUUUGAAAACAGGAUUCUGGACGAUGGUGGACAUGGCAAGUGGGAAAUACCUUUGGCGCACUCUUGUUUCACCACCAACAAAAUGUGAAUCUGAGAAGGCCCAGUGAUGGAGUUCUGAUAUUUAUAUCAUUGUUGAUUUGGGAAUAGACGUAACCCCUAUUGUGGUUAGAUUCUGUUCUUGAAGUGUAAUAUGAUGGCAACUGUAACAUGAGGAUUACAUCUUGAAGUAAAUGUACAAAAUAGUUCACGUUUGAGCCUUUUCGUGUAACCUAAAACAAUGAGUGGAGAAUUGUAUUAAUACAUGAGAUUUGGACUGAAGUUUCUGAAUACAAUAGUUGGACACUAUUCUUUA